AUAGACACGUUCAUUGACAAGUUAUACAAACAAAUCAUUCAAAGACAUACAAAAUAAUUGAGUUUUUUUUUUAAUUAGAAACAAAUGGGGUUGAGUGGUGUUCUUCAUGUGGAGGUUGAGGUUAAGUCUCCGGCUGAAAAGUUCUGGGUAGCCCUUGGCGACGGCAUCAAUCUCUUCCCCAAAGCUUUCCCUAACGACUACAAAACCAUCCAAGUUCUAGCCGGCGAUGGCAACGCUCCUGGCUCCAUUCGCCUCAUUACUUAUGGAGAAGGAUCUCCACUGGUGAAGAUAUCGGCGGAGAGGAUCGAAGCAGUGGAUUUGGAGAACAAAAGCAUGUCGUACAGCAUCAUUGGCGGAGAAAUGUUGGAGUACUACAAAACCUUCAAAGGAACCAUCACCGUUAUCCCUAAGGAUGGUGGUAGCCUUCUGAAAUGGUCUGGUGAGUUUGAGAAGACCGCCCAUGAGAUCGAUGAUCCACAUGUCAUCAAGGACUUUGCUGUCAAGAACUUCAAAGAGAUAGAUGAGUAUCUUCUUAAGCAAACUAGUGCCUAACACUAGAACCUUUAAAUUAUAUAAGAGGGUUCGACCGUCUCUAUAAGAUUUUUCUAAUUAAGAAGUUGAAUAAAGUGGAACCCCUUUAUGAAUAUCCACGUUUUAUGAUUUCGGAGUUUAUGCAGCCUAGUAGGCCAUAAGCUUUUUACAAAAGCCAAUUUAGUCGAACAUUUUGAAAAAAUCGAACCUUGUGGUAGAGUAAUUAUUUGGCUCUUGGACCGGAUUGGUUGGUAGAUAAAAAAAUAAAUUAAAAGACAAACAAAUGAAGAGUCAUAUUAAUGUAGUUUGAGUUUGACGAUCGAGUUGGAGCCAAACCGAACCAUAUUUAAAGAAGGACAUUCCGAUCAAUUGAGACUUGCCAUGCAAUGAGCAACUUGCAACGACGUUAUUUAUUGCUUUGCAACUUGGACUCAGAGAAUCAAUUUGGUGAAGGAAGCUCAAGAUCUUGUAUCAAUUCUGUUUGACAUGAAAUUUGCGAAAUAGUGACGGAUCUGGCGAAAGAUAGUGAACCGCUAAUUAAAACAUUAUGGAUUU